GGGCCGGGCGGGCGGGCUGCGGACGCGGAGCGCGGGCGCUGGGCGCUGCGUGCGCGGACCGCGCGGGGCUGCGCUCGGGGGCGCUCCCGGGCGCUCGCCGCCGCGCCUUUGAGUCAGCAAACUCCACCGUCCGCCUGCUCGCGGCGCCGCCAGCGCCGGCCUGAGCCCCGGAGCCGCCUAGUGGAAGAGAAUCCCGGGGUUCACGGCUGAAAGAUACCCCCGGAGAGAAGAUUCAUCCUGUCCUGGGUUGAAGAUGUUUCCGGAAGAAGAGAAAGAGGAGUUUGUGAGCGUCUGGGUUCGAGAUCCUAGGAUUCAGAAGGAGGACUUUUGGCACUCUUACAUUGACUAUGAGAUUUGUAUCCAUACCAAUAGCAUGUGUUUUACCAUGAAGACAUCCUGUGUCCGACGAAGGUACAGAGAGUUCGUGUGGCUGAGGCAGAGACUCCAGAGCAAUGCACUGCUGGUACAACUUCCAGAGCUUCCAUCGAAAAACCUGUUUUUCAACAUGAACAAUCGCCAGCAUGUAGAUCAGCGCCGGCAGGGUCUGGAAGAUUUCCUCAGAAAGGUUCUCCAGAAUGCACUUCUGUUGUCAGAUAGCAGCCUUCACCUCUUCUUGCAGAGUCAUCUAAACUCAGAGGACAUCGAGGCAUGCGUGUCUGGGCAGACCAAGUACUCUGUAGAAGAAGCCAUUCACAAGUUUGCUCUGAUGAACAGACGUUUCCCUGAAGAAGAUGAAGAAGGGAAAAAAGAAAACGAUGUAGAUUAUGACUCAGAAAGUUCAUCCUCUGGAUUUGGACAUAGUAGUGAUGACAGCAGUUCCCAUGGAUGUACAAGGAGCACCGCUCCACAGGAAUCCUGAAAACAAAUCCCGAUGUUACCCCCUUAGGAAUAGCAAAUCGUGUCCAGUCAUAGAGGAGAAAGCUUGCUGCUAAAGCUAUUCUUACCUACAGCUCACCGUGACGAUAUUCAGUAUUCAAAUUUGUAAAGACCUUGGAUUAUUUAUUAGUGUCAUAUUUUUUAUUUGGUUGUAGUUGUUAUCCAUUUUUUUGGUUAAGCUUCUGUAAAAAAAAAAAAAGCUAAACGCCCGUGAAUGCAAUACACUCCCCUGUAAACAAACGUUGUUGGUAAAAUAAGAUCCUGUGUGAAUUUAAAACACUUGCUAUGUCGGGGUGUGUGUGUAUGUGGUGGGGGGGAAUGGAACUGGCUGUGCUGAAUUGUAAAAGAUACGGAGAUCAGUGGUAGCACUUCAAAUCCAGCCACACCAUCUGUUCUUGUAUCAUUGGGGCAGUAUUAUGGCCAACGCAUCGUGUACUCUCUCAACCACUAUGUAGACUGACAGCCUAGACCAGCCUCCCUUUCUGCAACGAGGCUGGUGGUUUGUGGAUACCUCCCCCUGCACUGGGAAAACAGGACUUUUAGGUGUUGGAAGUCUUUUAAGAGGGUUAACCUUUCCUGUAUUCUGUUUCAUGCUCAGAUGGAAAUAUACCUUUAUGACUCAGGCAUGUUCAAAUGAUGUUUACAUCUUUGGAGGGGUGGGGGGUGGAGGGGGUGGGAACACAAACAAAUACUCCUAGUAAUUUUGCUUGUAUUUGUAACAUAUAGUAUCAGCAAUACAUUUUCAUUGUCCAAAAUCAGCUAAAACACUUGGCUUCUAGAAACAAAUAAUUUGUUUUCAUUGUCAGCAGAUAAUUAGAAUCACAGAUUAAUGAUUUAUUUUCUGACUAAACGUGCACUUUCUUAUCACUCGAUCAAGUUGAGUCAGUGCUGAUUGAUUACUUGUUACUUGUGUUCAAGUUAGAAGCAGAUGUUAUAAAAAUUAAUAAAUUUAACUUUACCAAAAGAUUUAAAAAGGCUAUUUACUUGAUAACUUCAGAAUUAUUUUGAACAAACCCUUUCUUUUUCUACAUCUGCUAGAAAAUUGAUAUAAUUUUAAUAAGAGUUUUGUGAGUGGCCUAAAGAGAAAAAUGUCUUAGAUAAACUAGUUUGCACUUUCAGAUUUCAGUUUGAGGCAGCAUUUUCUUGAGAUAAUUAUGGAAGUUCCUUCUUAUGAUAUGAUAUAAAGUACUUCUGAAAUAAGAGGUAUUUUUACAUGUCUGGGAUAACUUGUUGCAUUUAAUUAAAUGUUACCUCUUUUUUAACUUGGAGUUUAGAAGUUAACUAUGUUAUAUUUUUAAAAGCCUUCAAAAUGCUUAUAACUAAGAACCCCCAAAAUUGAAUUUAGAAUAGAAAUGGAUUCUUUAAUUUCUCCUUGCUUUUUGUUUGGUCAUUUGUUGAAACUUCUGUGAAUAUUUCGAUUUAAUAUAUCUUGAGUCCUAUUAACCUCAUCUGGGCAUCUUUAAGAGAAGAAGUUAGCAAUUUCUUCUUCUCUUGUCAAUGUGUCAAGUGUGUCAUCCUGUAACUGAAGGAUCAUGCCCUGCUCCUCAGCACUCUGUAUAUUAAGUCACAUUAUUUCUGUGUCAUAGCAGUCUUGAAAAGCAGAUGAUGUGCCACCAACGACCAUGCUGUUUUUUUGAUGGUGUAAUGUAGCUAGCAAAACUGAUUUUGAGUAAUGCCUAAACUUCCUUAAACCUUGCAAGAUCGCCAUUUUUCACAUUAAACGGGAAAAAAUCA